AAAGAACUCUGGGAGUCGAAACUAAAAUAACAUUAAGUACAGAACACAUGACAGGUCUCGUACGUCUACCGUUUAUUGGAGAAUUAAGAAUUGAGGAUGUAAUAAUCAAGAAUUGAAAUGGCAACUAUUGAGUGGAAUAGACAAAACCUAGCUUAUCAGAGUCUGACAGAGGUGCCCCCUGAGCUGAUUGAGCAUGAGGGAAGCAGGACUGCUGAGCUGGACUUGACACAUAAUAAAAUAUCAGAUCUGAGGUUUCUUGUAGAUUAUCCCCACUUAACCACGCUGAUCCUGGAUCACAAUCUAGUGGGAUCACAUGUCAAACUACCCGCCAUGAACAAACUCCACACUCUUUGGCUCAACCACAACAAAAUCUCUAAUCUCAGUACAUUUGUAGCUGCGCUCGUUAAGAGUUGUCCCAACCUGCGACAUCUGUCAAUGAUGAACAAUGAAGCAGCUCCCAGUUUCUUCAAUGGUGGCACAUUCCAACAAUACAUGGACUACAGGUACUAUGUCAUCAGUCGCCUGCAGAAGUUGGAUGCCCUGGAUGAUAAAGUCAUACAAGAAAAUGAAAGAGCAGAGGCUGAGAGGAUUUAUGGUAGAUCUAAAUCAAGGAGGAAGAGUACAAAGAAAAAGCUGGAACAAGAUAAUAGCUAGAUAAAUGUGUGUAAAUGUUCAGUCUCAGGUGAAUUACUGUUAUUUGGUGCUAAAAUGACUCGAGGAUUAACCUUUCGUGGUGCUGUGGGUCCACAGUGAACUGCGUUAUGUGGUGAUGAAGGUCCACAGUGAUCUGCGUUAUGUGGUGCUGAAGGUCCACAAUGAACUGCAUUAUGUGGUGCUGAAGGUCCACAGUGAACUGCGUUAUGUGGUGAUGAAGGUCCACAGUGAACUGCAUUAUGUGGUGCUGAAGGUCAACAGUGAACUGCGUUAUGUGGUGCUGAAGGUCCACAGUGAUCUGCGUUAUGUGGUGCUGAAGGUCCACAAUGAACUGCAUUAUGUUGUGAUGAAGGUCCACAGUGAACUGCGUUAUGUGGUGCUGUAGGUCCAGUGAACUGCGUUGUGUGGUGCUGAAGGGCCAACGUGAACUGCGUUAUGUGGUGCUGAAGGUCCACAGAGAACUGCAUUAUGUGGUGCUGAGGGUCCACAGUGAACUGCGUUAUGUGGUGCUGUAGGUCCACAGUGAACUGCUUUAUGUGGUGCUGAGUCCACAGUGAACUGCGUUAUGUGGUGCUGAGGGUCCACAGUGAACUGCGUUAUGUGGUGCUGCAGGUCCACAGUGAACUGCGUUAUGUGGUGCUGCAGGUCCACAGUGAACUACGUUAUGUGGUGCUGUAGGUCCACAGUGAACUGCAUUAUGUGGUGCUGUAGGUCCACAGUGAACUGCGUUAUGUGGUGCUGUAGGUCCAGUGAACUGCGUUGUGUGGUGCUGAAGGUCCAACGUGAACUGCGUUAUGUGGUGCUGAAGGUCCACAGUGAACUGCGUUAUGUGGUGCUGCAGGUCCACAGUGAACUGCGUUAUGUGGUGCUGAGUCCACAGUGAACUGCGUUAUGUGGUGCUGAAGGUCCACAGUGAACUGCGUUAUGUGGUGCUGAAGGUCCACAGUGAACUGCGUUAUGUGGUGCUGAAGGUCCACAGAGAACUGCGUUAUGUGGUGCUGAAGGACCACAGAGAACUGUGUUAUGUGGUGCUGAGUCCACAGUGAACUGCGUUAUGUGGUGCUGAAGGUCCACAGUGAACUGCAUUAUGUGAUGCUGAAGAUCAAACCUUUUUGUAUACUUAACCAUAAAAUAGCUCUCAAUAUAUUUUAUUUAUGUAAAGUUGUCAAUAAUUCUUUUGAAAUAAAUGCAAUUUAUUUUGAAAAACAUGACUUAUAUAUACACUACAUUCUAGCCAUUGCAACUUCAUAGUAAAGGAAUUUUGUGUCUUGAUGAGGUUAAAAGCUCAUUGAAUGACGACAAAAAUAUACUGUGAUACUAUCAUGUGUUUUGGAACAUACCAUACCUCCUAUUGAGAUUUACCAACAUAUUUGGUAGUGAAUUAAGUCAAGUGCUGCUGACUAGAAGUUGGCAGAGUGUUUGUCUAAAAUAAAUAGUUGUGUCCCUCUACAGAGCUAUCAGGUGUUUCUGUUCAGAGGAACCCACUUUGAGUCCUGUCUGUUACAUUUUCCCAGCUUUUGUUUAAAAUUUUGGUUAACAAACUAACUGUAUAAAGGGACAAGUUUAUGAAGAAAGAGCCUUUGAUCAAAAUUAGUUUUUGUAUUUCAUCAUAUGACUUAACAGUACUUUCAUGUAUUUUAUGUUUUGAUAGAAUUCUUCAGUUGAUUUAAGAUUUUAAACUUGCAUGAAAUAUUUAGAUAUGAAUUUCACAUACACAGGUGAAUUACAAUUUAAAAAAUGACUGAAAUUUGUACAUAAAUCGUCAACAUGAAAAUAGAUUUGUGUUUACUUCUAUAUAAGUACAGUGAAACCUGACUUUACAGCACCUGACUAACCAACAUUGACUUACCGCACCCCUGACUAACCA